AGACUCGGACGUGUCCUGCAGUACGUAGGUAAUAAUAGCAUAAUUAUGUUAAAUCUAUUAUACUUACCACUUCCUCAAGGGUGGGUGUCUGCUCUUCUGGCUCUAUGAUUACCACCUAUAUAAUGUAUAGUUAAAGGGUGAUAGAUGUUUGAUAUAUAUACAUACCUGUUGUGUCUCAUCGUCGUCUACAUUCAUGUGCUGUACGUAUAGAUGUAAUUCUGUACAUGUACGGGCUUACAUCAUCACCAGACAAAGAACUGUCGGACGAAGUGCAUACACUGCUAACCCUUCGUAGAACGGUCGGAUGCAGGUCCAAACCGCAGGUUAAGCUCUCACAGCGCUAUGCAUUCUGAACUAACGAGCUCCGAGAUGAAGACAGCCUGUACCAACGCCCGCAGGUACCUGGCGGGAUCGGUCCAGAAACCGGGGCAAACCGCUAUGGAAUCCUUCUUGGAAUCGGACGCAGAGGAGGAACUCCCUGUCACACCUAAGACCCCGACCCCUGUUAUAGUGCCGACAGGGAGAAUGACACAGCUUCUCCGCUACGAUGUCGUUGCUGGAUUUCAGGAGGUGGGUAGACGGGAGAAUGAAGGCAGCGUCCACGGCACUGCAGGAGGCUCGAGAUGUGGCAAAGUUCCUCCACGCCGAGAAGGCCAAGGGCGAGCCAAUCGAUUGGUCCAUCAUCACAUCUAGGGACAAACUCAGGACAAACUCAACAGGUAUGUCGAGCUUCUAAAGAAGUGCAACCUUCCAGAAGCUGGAGUACUUCGAGGAUGCACUAAAGUUUUAUCGCAUCCACAGACUUCCGGGAGGCGGAGAAAACAUCAGAAGCUGUGCUACGCAGACAUGGCUGUAGUAGCAUGGAGAGGCAAUCGGAUGGCCCAAGAAUCUCCAUCAAAGCCGCUACAGAUAUACUUGCCGUUUGGGAGCAACGGUUCAACAUCUACAGCUUGGAGGAGCAGCUCUAAUCGACACCCAAAAAGUAGAUGCACUGACCUACGAUGGUCAACUCCUCUCAGCGGCCUGGUGCAGUGGUGAGUGAACCUUAUGCUACAGGAAUUUCAAGAGGCAAGACUUGAAAAGUCUACAGGAGGAAAUGUGUGGGUGCUCCAGGUCCACAGGCACAAGACCUGUGUCCAGGGCUCCGCACAUCUCAUCCUAACCCCACACCUGAUGGAAGAAGUACCUGGAAUACCAACCAUCAAACAGAUUUUUCCUCAGGAACGAAGGGAAAAAGCUAUGGCGGCGAGGGUGGAAAUCCAGGGUGGCAAAGAAGUUUAACUUCUCGUUUGUCAGCGCUACUGAGCUUCGAAAAGCGGUGUCCCACCAAAGCCACAAAGAACCUCGAACCGGCAGAGAGGGGACUAAUAACUAAACAACUAAACCACAGCUGUUAUUACAACAAAGAUUUACACACACGAAAAACGGCAGUACAAGCGUACGACCUUAUACACGCCGCGGGACAAGGAGGAGAACCGUCGGGGGUGGCCGCGGGACAAGGAAGAGAACCGUCGGGAGUGGAGGUGACGGAACCUUCUUCAAAGGUAAAAUCUGUCCAGGUGAGAAAGUCCUUCACCAGCAUGGAAACAAAGAGGGUGGAGGCAUACUUGAUUGAGGCCGGGAAAACAAUACUGAAGGCAAACGCCAUACAGUUUGUGACAGACAACCCAGACAUACAUACAAGCAAAUACAAGACAAACUUAGCAAGUAUUAUAAACUGUCAUUUAACUCAUAUUAUAAUCUGAUGCUUAUUGAUUGUAAUUGAUUGUGUUAACAUUGUUGCGUUGAAAUGCUUAUCUAAAUAUGCCCUAACUUAUUAAUAAUAACUUAUUACUGCAUGUCUCCUCUCCUACGUUAGCAUUUCGUGUGUCUCCUCUGCACACAUCUACUCCAUAUCUCUCUCUUCCUCUCUUCCUGCACACAAAUGCACACAAACAAUAAUCACCAUUAGUUCCACCGCUCUUGUUUUAACCCUGAGCCAACCCUGGGGACCAGGGACGUUGGAAAAAUUCCGGGUUUUUUUGAGGUUUUUGGGGAAAAGAGGGACAGGGACAUUUUGGGUCGAAUGGGACAUUAAGCAAGGGAUCCCUGGAGACGCCAAGGGGACCUAAGGGACAUUUUGGGACACUUGGAGGGACAGGGACAAAACUCAUAAGCGACAGGGACAUUUUUGGUCACUUUUGUAGUAAUUUAGGAACAUUUUCGGUCCCACAAAAAGGGACAUAAAGAUGGUUUGGACAGGAGCACCCCCGGACACAUUACAUGUUCAGGGUUGAGGUUAGGGUUAACUAACCUCAAACCCACAGGAGGUCAAUUAGUGGCUUGUGGUGCACACUUGUACAAGAAGAGACCCCUUACCAGACUUAUUUCAACAUGGUUGAGAAUACCUACAGUUCUUUUGCUACAGUGGGUGUGGCUUGGUUCCUGGUUCAGGGAUGAGGCCAAGUCUGAGGGUUAUAUCGAUUGUUUUGUCUUUUCUCAGCUGUAAGGGCACUCAAGACUUUGAAACCACGCCCAUGUUGGUCCAGAUGCCCUGAUUGGUGAAACCCUAUCAAACCCUACCCUUGACACGUCCCUUUUCUAAAAUGAUCCCUGGUUAUGAUCCCUGGUUGGAAUCGACCCUUUUGGACCUUUUGGACCAGAGCACCCCCCGUACAACUUUUUUUCAGAGAGUUUAGGUUAGGGCAACAAACCUCGGGUCAACCUCACAACCUCAAAACCACAGUAGGUCUUGUGGUGACUACUUGUGCAAGAGGAGAUCCUUUUCCAGACACUUUGGUAGAAAAGGGACCAAAAUUAGGGUUGCGAUUUUGCAAACCCUGCAGGAUCUUUUUUUGUGAGGGGGUUCCAAGUACCAGUGGUCAGAACUGCUGAGUCAAAUUUAGAGGCUUACUUUGCGUUUCGUUAGCACUGUUAACCUCACAGAUUUGAAACCACACCCAUUGAGAUCAACACGCUCUGAUCGGUCAACACAAUGAAACUCUUUGAUGGUCUGCCAUUGGAACUGCCAUUGGAAGGGGUUGUUUUAACAAUGGGCCCCCCUUUAUGUGAUGAUAGCCUAUUCUGUAAUCUUAUUCAUUUAAUUUAUGUAUUAUGUAAGUGUCAUGUGAUGGACACAUGAUGGUGAUAAGAACACACAUGUUAAUGUCAAUAUUUACUGUGAAAGUAAUCUAGUUGAAUCUAGCAGGCCAGAUAGCCUGUGUUACAUUUGGCGACCCAGCCAGUAACGUUCUUUUGGAACCUACUAUUGUUUGAAGUCCUUUGGAGAAGAAUUUUGCUGAUGCAAAGACAAGACGUGAAUUGAAGGCACUACUUGAUAGUACUACUACAACCAGAAGAAGACCGCUGAGACGUGGAACUAUGGCUGACACGGAGGAACAGUCGGAGCCAAGUGCUGAAGUCACCUGCGUGCGAUGGUGGAGGACCUACAAGUACAGCUUUGGGAGGCCCAGGACGCCAUCACGGCCAGUGAUGAGCAACUUACUAGGAGCACGUCGUGUUGCAAUUGUUGGUGAAGAGACAAGAUUUGUGAGAGUGAGGAGUUUGAGGAAGCUAAUUCUUGUUUAUAAGGAAGUGAGAAUGGAGGAUGACCAAAAGCCAGACUAUGAGGCUAUGUAUCACGAAUGUAUUUGGGUUUCAAGGUUAAUUACUAAAGGCUGUGAAGAAGUUGUGCCACCUAGAAGCCGUGAAUCAGCGUGUCACUGCCUCGACCCAGCAACUUCUGGAUGGCACUGAGCUCGUGGAGUACAGAGGCAGGCGUCCCCUCAUCAUAUCUCAACCGUCGUCAGGUGAGGAAGACUGGAGCGGGGAUAAUUCUCCCCUCCUCAUUCCUCCUCAUUCAACCGUCACGUGGCACACAAGUAUCUCGUGAGAAAGAGGCCUCAUUGGUAGGCUUCUCCCCUCAUUGGUGUUGGUGUAUCUCAACCGUCAAUGGAGAAAGAGGGAGACUGGAGCGGGGAUGAUAUUCCCGAGGUUAAACUGAGUUCACACCCUGCUUCGAAAGAAAAGGAAGGCCCCACCAGGCACUGUACCUGAGGAGCCUCUCUCAAAAAGACCCAGGCAAGGGUUUGGAACCGUGGGCACCGAAACCAACCACAUAUACUGACUGAAUACACUUAGCUUGUAAGCUAACAAUAGGACAAUAGGACACGCAUCCUGGGGGAAAGGUCACUGGAGGAGCGCUUACUGCUGCACCUGAUAAUGAGGUUAGACACAACAACCUACCAAUAAGACAGAGGUUAAGAGCUAUGAAUACACUUAACAACUUGCCAAUAGGACAGCACACAGAACGCAAGUACUGGUGGGACUGCUGGUGCUGUGGUAGAUGAGGUUAGACACACAUCAUUUAAGGCCAUGAAUACACUUAACAACCAUAACAAUAGGACGCAGGUACUGGUGGAGGGGGUCCGAGGGGUCCGACUGCAGUGAUAGAUGAGGUUAGACACACAUCAUUUAAGGCCAUGAAUACACUUAACAACCCUAACAAUAGGACGCACUUAACAAACUUAACAAUAGGGCUCACUGGUCCCUCAUGACACAUAAUUUAAGACUACACUUAACCCAGACACUAUACAGACUGGUAGGGCUGGUGGUGGAGAAGCUAUCACUCCUUGAUGUUGAUGAGGAUAGCAACUUCCUCCGAACGACCAACUCAAGCGACAACCCGGAGGAGCGAGUGACGAUAACCAUCAGCAGUCACACUCGUACAUAAUACACAUGUAGACGUCUGCAGUCAGGGUGAGGGCGGACAACAGGUGUCACCGAAAGUGCCCUGUUGUAGGUUGCACCAGCAAACCUCAGAAGAGGCUCUCGCAGCACAUCAAGAUCAAGCACCCCAAGUACUCGACGGAGGAAAGGUUGGACCUGCGCUGUUAGAGCGGAGAUUGGCAUACCGCAGCUCAACGUCACCAGACAGCAGAAGAAGCUGACCACCAUGUUCUCUGCUGUCCAACCGGAGGAGGUCGUCUCCGAAUCAGCAAAUGCGGGUUUCCCGUUACUCUGACUUGCUUUGAACUAUUUAAGAAGUGGGAAGGAGAGAUCGGAGAAGAUGGCCAACGAAAUGGUAGUGGACGUGAGCAAGUUCCUCAAGUUUUUCCCAAUUGAGGAACUUGCUCCUGGCCUACGUGACCAAACUCAAGGACGAAGGCAUGGUUCAGAUUGAGGGCAGGCUCGCUUGAGAGCGAACGAGGUGGAUGAGUCCGUCUAUCAGAACUCCAUUAGGAUGUCAGAGACCCUGAACCAAUGGAGGACCACCUGGCUCAUGGAGCAGUUCGGUGACGGGGUGGAAAUGAAGGACAUUGUGGCCCUCAUCGAGUGUCCCAAGAUGUGGGACAUGUUCAGAAGCGUGGCCAACGACUGCUACCUCAACCUCGUCUCUGACGAUAAGUUGCUCAACCUGUGCAUCACCGUCACACAGCUGUGUUACAGAUCGUGGCAGAGGCCGGGGGCAGCCGCCAACAUGACCAUGGCCGAGUGGGACAACAACACCAACGACAAUGGGGUGUUGUUGACAGUGGUGAUGGUCAAGGACCACAAGACAUCGGUGGCAGGGUGCUGCAAGUGUAUCCUCACCACUGUCGACGUAGACAGGUCUACAGGUUCGUCCACAGCAAGUACAAGACCACGACCAUCCGUCCCUAGUCGGCGGUAAGAAGUACGACCUUCAAAAAGUUUGGAUUGAAGAGUAUUACCCCGACUAGGGCCAGAAAAGUGGCAGCUGCUUACCCAAGAGGACAGCGCCUUGGCGGCAAGACACCUGGCGCACAGCACUCAAACAGAUUCUAACUAUUAUCAAACCAUAUCCAAUCCGGAAUACUCGUACACUGCCCUCACAAACUAAGGUCCGAGGAGUCUGCUGAGGAGUCUGAGCACCACCUGCAAAGAAGAGGGCAAAGAGGAAGUCUCCAUCACCACCACCACCACCACCAUCCUCCGACGAUUCAGCUGAAGAGUUUGUGGCUCCAAAGCGAAGAGCUCCAAAGACACCUACUUCGGAUACGAAGACAACAAGUACAACAAGUACACAGACGACGAGACGGAGACAAUCUCCCUAUACUUUGACAGUUACGUAGCUUCAAACUAUACUCCCAGCCUGCUGACAUGUGGGCAGUUUCUUCAGGAUCAUAAUCUUGACAGGAGCAAGAAGAACAUUCAUUGAUCAAAUAUAAGAACAAUUAGUUACUGCAGCUUAGCUUACUGCUGCCACUUGGGAAUUAUAACACUCAUUUAUUGUUUUUCACUCUUACCUUAUUGCUGCCAUUCGAUCAUUCCUCCGUUAUUGAUCCUAUUCUUG